AUGCUUCAAGUACCAUUGCGGGAAAACCACCAGGCUUCCACCAAGGCCGUGAUCUUGGUCGGAGGCCCCUCAAGAGGCACACGAUUCCGACCAUUGUCGCUCGAUGUACCCAAGCCGCUAUUCGAAGUCGCCGGUCACCCCAUCAUCCACCACUGCCUAAAGGCGGUGGCGAAGGUCGACGAUGUGCGCGAAGUCAUUUUGGUCGGAUACUACGACGAGAGCGUAUUCCGGGAUUUCAUCAAGGAUGCAUCAAAGGAAUUCCCCCAGCUCCGCAUCCUCUACUUGCGCGAGUACACAGCUUUGGGCACCGCAGGUGGCCUGUACCACUUCCGCGAUGCGAUCCUCAAGGGCAAGCCAGAGCGCCUGCUCGUGCUGAACGCCGACGUCUGCUGCUCGUUCCCGCUGGGUGAGAUGAUGCGAUUGUUCGACGAGAAGGAUGCCGAGGCGGUGAUUCUGGGUACACGGGUGUCGAACGAGACCGCGACAAACUUCGGAUGCAUCGUGUCCGACUCGCACACCAAGCGUGUGCUGCACUACGUCGAGAAACCUGAAUCGCACAUCUCCAACCUGAUCAACUGUGGCGUCUACCUCUUCGCUACCGAAUGCAUCUUCCCCGCCAUCCGUAGUGCCAUCAAGCGCCGCACCACCCGACCCCGCCUCCUCUCGUACCCCUCCUCCGACAACCUGGAGUCCUCCUUCAUCGCUACCGGAGACGACGAGGACGCCGCGAAAAGCGAGGUUCUCCGUCUGGAACAGGAUAUCCUCUCCGAUUUGGCCGACAGCAACCGCUUCUUUGUCCACGAGACCAAGGACUUCUGGCGCCAGAUCAAGACCGCCGGCUCUGCCGUCCCUGCUAACGCCCUCUACCUCCAGAAAGCAUUCCAGGCCGAGUCCACCGAGCUCACUCCUCCCUCCGCCACCAUCGUUCCUCCGGUCUACAUCCACCCCACUGCCACCGUCGAUCCCACUGCCAAGCUCGGUCCGAAUGUCUCGAUCGGCCCGCGUGUCGUGGUCGGCGCCGGUGCCCGUAUCAAGGACUCGAUUGUCCUUGAGGACGCCGAGAUCCGCCACGACGCCUGCGUGAUGCACUCAAUCAUCGGCUGGAGCAGUCGUGUCGGUGCCUGGGCUCGUGUGGAGGGUACGCCCAUUCCCGUGGGCAGCCACUCCACCAGCAUCGUCAAGCAGGGUAUCAAGGUGCAGAGCAUUACGAUCCUCGGCAAGGAGUGUGGUGUCGGUGACGAGGUCCGCGUGCAGAACUGCGUGUGUCUGCCGUACAAGGAGCUUAAACGGGAUGUGUCUAACGAGGUCAUUAUGUAA